UCAACAAAACAAACAUCACAGUAUCACACCAGUGACACCAUUAUUUUUUUCUUCUAUUAAUCCGUUUAUAAAAUAAUAAUAAUAAUAAUAAUAAAAAUGGAGAAUGAGAUGUUGCAGCAAGUGAUAAUCGCAGUUACAAUUUCAUCACUCAUCGCUUUUAAUUCUUAUAGAAAACACUCUCUUGAUCUUUCCGGUGCUUUCGCCGGUCUUUUCGUCAUGUCUCUUCAUCUUUCCGUCAAUUACAGGUUCGGAGCGAUGUUAUUAGCUUUCUUCUUUACAUCAUCAAAGCUGACUAAAAUGGGUGAAGAUAGAAAGAGAAGUAUUGAUGCUGACUUUAAAGCCGGCGGUCAACGAAAUUGGAUACAGGUAUUAUCGAACAGCGGAAUUGCUAGUGUCUUAGUUAUAGCAUUUUGGAAGUUGAAAGCAUCACAAGAUUUUUGUUUGAACUCAAAAGAAUCAUAUAUCAUUACAGCUCUUGUUGGUGGUGUGAUUGGUCAUUACUCGUGCUCUAAUGGAGACACUUGGUCCUCUGAGCUUGGGGUACUCAGUGAUGAACAGCCACGGUUGAUUACUACCUUUAAGCCUGUUCGUAGGGGUACAAAUGGUGGUGUAACUAUAGCUGGUCUUCAAGCAGCUGCUGCAGCCGGAACCGUGAUUGGACUCGCAUUUGUUUUACCUGGACUAUUUACAAAGAGUUGCACCAACGAUGCCUUCUUGAAGCAGCUGCUUGUCAUACCUGUUUCUGCGGCAGCAGGACUUGCAGGAAGUCUAAUUGACUCCAUUUUAGGAGCUACAGUGCAAUAUAGUGGAUUUUGUAGUGUGCGUAACAAGGUUGUAUCGAAACCAGGACCAACUGUGAAGAGGAUCUCUGGUCUCAGCAUCCUUGACAACAAUGGUGUGAACGUUGUGUCGAUAUUGUUAACUUCAAUGUUGACCUCCUUAAGCUGCUUAUACAUAUUUUGAAGUUGGUGGAAAAUUUGUGAGUUGCGUGUACAAUUUACCAUUUUACGGUUCUCAGUUAUCAUGUUGUAUCCUUCAUUCUCGUAUCCACAGAAAACUAGGAAAGUUCAAUUUUAUGUAGUUGAACUUGUAUUAAAUUUAAUAAAUUGUAGUGAUCUUUUAGAUAGGAAAGCACAAUUUUGAGUAUACGAGAUUCUUGUGAUACAGGUCUUUAAUUUAAUAGUUAUGUGGUCGAAUUCCUACAA